AUGCCCCACACAUCAAAAAGAGAGGGCAUCUUCUAUGCUCAUCAGCUGCUGCAGGAAUAUGACAAUGAGUAUAGUGACAGCAGUGAUGAGGAGUGGCUGCCAGAGAACAAUAGAGACAUAGGAGAUGAGGAUGAUGAAGGAGAUGCAGACAGUAAGGAUACAGUGAGUCAGGAUGUUGAAAGUCAAGAUGACGAGGGCCUGGAUGAUGAAGGACAGGAAGCAGAGAGAGGUCAGCAUGUUGAGGGAGCUGAGGAAAAUGUCCGUAUGGUACCUACCCAGAGAAAUAUUUGCAAGGCACCUGCCUGCACUCAACCUCGCAAAUAUGUCUGGAAAGUCCAAGACAACAACUUUGAAGGAGACUUGCCACCUUUUCUAGGAGACAGGAAAGUGAAUGUUGAGGGAAGAGAACCAAUUGAUUUAUUUAGGCAUCUGUUUCCCUUAGAUCUCAUCGAUGAGAUAGUGCAUAACACCAACAUGUAUGCUCUGCAGAAAGGGAAAGAAAAUUUGGCAGUGACAAGCGAAGAAAUGCAAAUUUUUCUAGGGAUCAACAUGGUCAUGGGGUACAUUCGAUAUCCUAGGGCACGAAUGUACUGGUCCAGUGAGGAUGGCCUUCGUCUUGGAAUAAUUGCAGAUGCCAUGUCUGUAAACAGAUAUGAGCAAAUUCUGAGUCAUCUGCACUUUGUGGAUAACUAUACAUACCAGCCAGCAAACACAGAUAGGCUCUUCAAAAUAACACCAGUGCUAAGUACACUUCAGAAAACAUUCCUGGCGGCAGCAGACCCUGAAGAAUUCCAAUCAAUUGAUGAGCAAAUAAUUCCCUUCAAAGGCCAACUAUCAAUUAAGCAAUACAUACCAAAAAAGCCCAAACCCUGGGGAGUGAAAGUAUGGGUGAGGGCAGGGUCCUCAGGUUAUGUGUACAGAUUUGAAGUGUACCAGGGCUCAGCAAAUAGGGGUCACAGCAGUGGUUUGGGAAUGGCUGGAGAUGUAGUGAUGCGCCUUUGUGAUGACAUAAAGCACAAAAACCACAAGGUGUUUUUUGACAAUUUCUUCUGCAGCAUUCCACUCCUUGAGGCCUUGAAAGACAUGGGCAUCUAUGGCACAGGUACAUGCAGAGCAAACAGAGUGAAAGGAGCGAGUCAAAAACUCAAGAGUGAAAAACAACUGAAAGAAGAAGGCAGAGGGGCCUGCACAAACAGAAACAUCACUGUCACACGUUGGCUUGACAGCUCAGUCAUCCACAUGGCAUAG